AUGGGCUGCUGCUCCGGGCGCUGCACGCUGGUGUUGGUGUGCGCGCUGCAGCUGCUCUCUGCAUUAGAAAGGCAGAUCUUUGACUUCCUGGGCUUCCAAUGGGCUCCGAUUCUUGGAAACUUCCUGCAUAUAAUUGUUGUAAUUUUGGGCCUGUUUGGAACCAUACAGUUCAGGCCUCGGUACAUGGUGGUGUACACGGUAUGGACUGCCCUGUGGGUCACCUGGAAUAUUUUCAUCAUCUGCUUCUAUUUAGAAGUAGGUGGGCUCUCUAAGGAUACGGACCUAAUGACCUUCAACAUCUCAGUGCACCGCUCCUGGUGGCGCGAGCAUGGGCCAGGCUGCAUACGGCGCGUGCUACCCCCUUCAGCCCAUGGGCUGAUGGACGAUUACAUGUACGUCUCGGUGACCGGCUGCAUCGUGGACUUCCAAUACCUGGAGGUCAUCCACAGUGCCAUCCAAAUUCUGCUGUCCCUGAUCGGUUUUGUGUAUUCCUGUUAUGUGAUCAGUGUUUUCAUGGAGGAAGACGACAGCUGUCGAAAUAAGUAACAUAUGGUGACUGGGCUGUAUCCACUGAACACAUUGACCUGAGACGGAAAGAAAUCAACCUAAGACGGAGAGCACCCCGAGCGAAAAACGCUUCUCACGGACACACCACCUCUCGAAUUUUUAGGAAGAACGGACAGCCCCUUGAUUUUCCAGUCACCAACGAGUCCAUCGAUCACAGCCUGCAUCAUAUCCACAUUGUCGUUAAGUGAACUGUAGGUACCAGGGUGGCUUUUUUUUAACCAUUUGCUAUGAAAAUGGACAUGUGUAAAUCGAAACCUGAAGGGGGUUUUUUUAUGCUGUCUAGUGUAAGGUGUGAAAAACGAGGGUAUCUGGGAUGAGGCCCUUCAGUCAGCUUCUAUGAGAUAUA